CUUUGAUUCUAUCGCGUAUAUUAUUUUUUAAUGACACUGGUAGUUAUUCACUUUAAACUGUUCAAAAACAGUAUAGAAGCACACUCUGCUUAAGUGAAAGGGCAGACGAUGUACAUCAGGAAUAUCAAAGAGAAUUUCAGUUUAGUCAGGUUGUAGUCUUUGGAGUAUUUUGGUAUUCGGACAGCAUCUAAAGGCAGCACCAAAAACUAAAUAUUGCGGUUUUUAUUUCAACAUUCAGCGAACGGUUAAAAUUCAAGGAACACGCACAUAACGAACAUGGCCUCAAUUUAUCACUGUACUGUUUGUUAACGAACCUGUUUUAUAAAACUUUAUGCAAAAUUAGUCAGUUUUGCGUUUCACCCCAACUUCUCGCGCAUGCGUGGUAUCAGGGUAGGUACAGGGGCACGAUGGCUGCGGACAGUGGCUUGCUGCUGUCUCUGGUGGAGGAAUUUGUCUCGGGACUACAAGACAGCAAGGCCAAAGAUACAGCAACAGGUGUCAAAGAGGGACAGUUUACAAUACUGCAGCUGGUGGAAGCACUGGGACUUAGUUUGACGAGCUCCCAGCCUCACACUCGAGCCAGAGGAGUCCAGCUGCUGUCUGAGGUUUUGCAUGAGUGCUAUGGAAAUCUUACAGAGAGAGAAGUGGAAGUGCUGAUUGCUUUCUAUGAAAACCGUCUAAAGGACCAUUACGUGAUCACACCGCCUGUCUUACAGGGGCUUAGAGCACUGACUAAAUGCACGGCGUUGCCUCCUGGCUCAGCUGUGUCAAUGCUGAGGUCUUUGUUCCAGGAUGUUCAUGUACAGUCUCUGAUGCUGGCUGAGAGGUCCUGCGUCUAUAACAUGCUCAUCAACCUUAUGGAGACCAGAGAGGCUGAGCUGAAGGGUUUGGGGGCAGACUUUGUGUUCGGCUUUGUCCAGUCAAUGGAUGGCGAGAGGGAUCCUCGCAACCUCCUGCUAGCUUUCCAGAUUGCAAAGAACAUCAUCCACCGAGGUUACGAUCUAGGUAAAUUCACAGAGGAGCUGUUCGAAGUGACAUCCUGCUAUUUCCCCAUUGACUUCAGCCCCCCUCCCAAUGACCCCCACGGCAUCACCAAAGAGGAACUAAUUGAGGCGCUGAGGGCUGUCCUGACGGGGACACCAAAAUUUGCUGAGUUUCUGUUGCCUCUCAUCAUUGAGAAGCUGGACUCAGACAUUCAGAGUGCGAAGCUGGAUUCGCUGCAGACUCUGACCGCUUGUGUGUCACAAUACGAACAUAAGGACUUAGCAGAAUUCCUUGAGGGACUGUGGACAUCACUGCGCAGAGAGGUGUUUCAGACAUCCAGUGAGAGGAUUGAGUCUGCAGGCCUCACUGCUCUUACCGCACUCACUUCCUGUCUGUCUCGCUCAGUCCUCAACUCUGACUCUGAAGACUCCCUCAGCACCUUCCUGGAUCUUGUUCUCAAAGACUGCAAACAUCACCUGUGUGAGCCAGACCUGAAGCUUGUGUGGCCCAGUGCCAAGCUGCUGCAGGCUGCCUGCAGCGGCUCCAACAGGGCGAGCCACAUCGUAACAGCCGCUGUCAUGCCCUCUCUCAUCGAGCAGUACAGCAGCAGAACACAGUGCUCCCAUAGACGGACAUUACUGGAAGUGGUGCUUCGAUUCAUCCAGUCAGUAAAAACCAGCCAGUCUUCAGAGAACGUAGAAGAGAGUGUGUUUUUAGCUUUCCGUCAGUCUCUGUGCAGCAUGGUGUUUUCAGCUCUGUCGGAGACUAAUUCCAGUCUGCAGAUCACAGCCACCUCCAUGCUCACCCCACUGGCACAACAAACAGGUCUGCUGUUGGCCUCGGAUAUUGAGCUGGCUGUAGAUCACCUGAACAGAAUUUUGCUCACGGAGGAGGAUGACAGAGUCAGUCUUGCUGUGGUAGAGUCUGCUGGAACCUUAGCAGAGCUGUACCCAGAAGCCUUUAUCACCCAACUGAUCCCAAGACUAAAGAAGGAGAUGUUUUCUGAGCCCAUGGAUCAAGACAACAACAGAGAAGCUUCUGAGGAGCAUUCCCACCAUGCAGUGCGUCAGCGGUGUUUGUCUGCUCUGGCUGCGGUGUCCACCCAGCCCAGUGUUGUACGGGAGAGCACGCCUGUUCUCCUGGAGGUCCUCAGCUCAGCACACACAGGUAGCGUCGGUUUCUCAGUGGAGGAGGUGGUGUUGGCCUGUCGCAGCCUCCAGAGGAUAGCAGAGCAGGUUCAGGACACUGAGGAGACAGGGCGAUGCUUCCAUGAACUCAUCAUCCCGCGGCUGCUGUCGCUGGCGCUCCAAGCGGCACUGCAGAGUGAGGGGUCCUCUAGUCGUCGAAGUCCUCUGGUAGAGGAAGUGGUCCUGUCUGCUAUGGUCCCUGUCAUCAGUACUUCCUGCUCCAUGCUACAGCCAAUGUUGGCGGGACAAACAGCGUCAAGGGCUGUCUCUCUCUUCCUAAACGGUGAUGUCUCCUUUUUGCCCGACAACUCCUUCCCUUCACACAUCCA